CUAAUUCUGCACAUCUUCUAUUCUUUUUCCUGGCAUUUUCUCCUACAAACUUUUGUCCCUUUAGAAGUCGCUGAAAGGAAGCAGCUGAGAGCCUGAGACUAAUUGGGUUUCCUGACAUGAUUUCCCCUGAUAUGGAUCAGGACAAUGAUAGGUGAAGCUUGAGCUCUUGGGCUAUUAUUGACGAGGAAGAAAUUAGCAAAAUCCACCCCAAAAAGGUACACAACAUAUCCGCAUUGCAUACCAGAUAUGGUCAUCCAACAUCUAACAUCCAGGUCUUAUUGCCCGAUAUCAAUCCAAAUCUAAGUAUAUCAUGUAUGGAAGGAGCAGAUUUUACUCGCUCUGCAACCAUCCUCAGCUUUUCACAACCAACAAUAGUAAAAACGUUGAGAGAAGGCAGAGUUCCGUCCUCAAUUUGCCAUUCUUUCAGAUUGGGGAGAUAUGCAGACCAUUUCCUCCCCUUCUACACACUCCCAUACCCAUUAUAGAGCAGUAAGAUGUGAAAAAUUCCCUAAAGUGGGCAUCAGAUCUUGUAUGAACUGACUACCUUGCAACUGAAUCUGGUAAAAACUCAAGUCUAAUGGAUCUUUCUUUACAGUGGCUUGCACAAUGGAUUCAGCUUUGGGGCAAGAGCUGGAAUAGAACCCAACUUUUGUCUGAGCUAGUGCUAAGGGUGUGGCGAGUAAAAGAACAAGAAGCCAAAAGAAUUUGUUAAGAAAAGAAUCCAUUUGAGCUUUGUGAUGCAUUACUAUUGUUGUAAGUUUGUUUGAAUUAAUGCCAAGGAAGAUGGUGCAUUAUUACUGAUUUUAAAUAGUUAAAAUCAUAUUCAUAAGUUUGGUUUGCAGUCCACUUUGCUAGGGCUGACCUAAGCAAGUGCAAAAUUUCAAUCAUGCAUGUCUGUUAAACACGGUUACACAAUAAUCUUCGACUUGUACUGAGUAUCCGGGGGCUUGAUGUUUACAUUCAUGCCUAUUUAACACGGUGAGUAUCCGAAGGCUUGAUGUUGACAUUCGUGUACUGGUUGUUAAUUCUUUUUUCCUAAUUUGUAGAACUGUACUGGUUGUCUAUUUGUCACAGUUACACAAUAAUAUUUUUCGAUUUGUACCGAGUCUCGGGGCUUGAUGUUGGCAUUAUUGGUUGCAUAAUAAAAAAAAAACUGGGAAUCGGGAAUCGGGUCGGAUACAAACCACCUGUUCUAUUCAUUGAAGAUUGAACUUAUUUAUGGAUACACAGUGUUUUAUGGAAGGAGUUGUGUAAUUGUUAAGACGUCAAUCAGAGUAUUUACUGUGAGCUAAUGCCUAUACCAUACUGUAGUAUUACAUUACAGUCUUACUUACUUCAUGAUAGAGAUAUUUGUGUGAGAUAUUUGAAAGAAGAUAUGAAGUUGUGUAUGUGAGGGAUGAGAAGAAGAUAUAAAGUAAUGUGCUGCAUGUGUACUUCUGGGGGGUGAGCCACAGGAGAAGACCAAGUAGAAGAACGCAUGAGAGAGGGAGAUAAGAAUGACUAACGUAGGGGUGAAAUAUCAUUCUAAGCAAUUCUGAACAAAUAAAUCGUGGAAUAUCAUCCUAAGCAAUCCUGGUGCAACUGCAGAAUUAGCUUGAACAUGUUUCUUAACAGUGGCUUGCACAAUGGUAAAGCGUGUGGACUUUCUAUGCAUGGGCGGAGAUUUCAAAAGUUUGCCUCCGACGGUGGUUUGGACUUCGGAGUCCACUUUGCUAGUGCUGACCCAAGUACUUAAAUCUAUACUAUACUAUAAUAAGCCAACAUGGUCUCUGCUAGGACUCUCUCUCCCAACACCUAUUAGGACUCUCUCUCCCAACAGAGAUGGACGCAGACGAAUCAACAGGAACAACAGGAACAAAUAUUGUGAUCAACGAAGAAGGGUCGACACGUUAUAGCGUAACUGAUUUGGAAGGCUUACCAGCAUCUCCGUGAAGAAAAUAUACCAAAGUUCACAGUGAUUGUUUCCCAGAAGAACCAUCAUACCAAACUCUUUCAAGCUGAUGGUGUCUCUGAGAAUGUUCUGCCUGGUACUGUUGUGGACACAAAGAUUGUGCAUCCUAGAAAUUAUGAUUUUUAAAUAUGUGCCCAGGCAGGGAUGAUUGGAACUUCUUGACCUGCUCACUAUCACGUCUUCAUCAAUGAAAUUGGUUUCUCGCCUGAUAAUUUGCAGAAUCUAAUACAUUGACUACCCUAUGUGAAACCUGCAUCAAAGAAGGCGCGAUUUCGCUUAUUGACAUUCCCUGUGAUUGUAGACUGUCCGUUUGGGGUUGUUUCUGCUGGGGAGUUUAUUGAAAUUCUUGCAUUUUCUUUGUUUAUUAUCUGGAUUGCUUCUGUUUUUAUCAUAAAAGACAGCAACAGCAGCGCAGUAUCUGCGAUUCGGUCUUUGUGGGAGAAAAGUGUAUUGAUGCUGGAAAUCACAGGACUCCGCUUUGGAUUGAUUGGAUUAUUCUGCCUGGCAUUUUUGUUUCUGCCAGUUUCAAGAGGAUCGAUACUUCUCAGACUUAUAGAUAUCCCUUUUGAGCAUGCAGCCAGGUUCCAUGUAUGGUUGGGACAUUUAACUAUGGUGAUCUUCAGUCUUCUUGGCCUAUUUCAUGUGAUUGCUUGGACAAUGAAGGGGCCUGUCAUACAAGAAGCAGGACGAAACUUGGUGGCACUCAUGGAUAUCUUACUCCAUCAUAGAGACGGCUACAUGGUGUUGAUCUGUCAAGUCCAGGCCCACAUAUUUCAACCUCCAGGCUUAUGAACAGAAUUGCAUCAACGUCCAACAAGGGAACUCCAUUCCAUUUACCGGCCUCGACAAUAACACCACUGAUUAAAGCUCAAACCCCUGAAGGGAAUAGUCCGGUUUCAGACAUUACUAUUCUGGUGCUGGGUUUGGAACAAAUGGGUGUUCGAUGUCCAGCCCGGUAUGCAGAGAAAUCAGUUCCUGGCGUGAAAAACUUGAUGACUUCAUUCAAUUCUUUUGGGGAGGACAGAUCUUUAGGACAUAAAGAAACAGGUCGUACACAGGAUUGUCAAUGGAGUCAAGUUCUUCGGCAUCAUGUUACUAAAAGAAUAUGUGAACAGAAGGAUAAACUGACAAAUGUUCCUGGCAUUUUUGUUACUCCCUGUUCUGUAACAUUUGACACCGAUGAUGUUGCUGGUCCGGUCCAAGAAGCGGACAAUAUACAGAAGAUGAUGAAACUGAUAGCAAAGCGGAGAUGCCAGGUUAUAUGGAUCUUGGUCCGCCCACCAAAGUCUGUUCAAAAUGUGAGACUGUAAUGUGGAAUGAGGGACGCAAUAAUAAAGCCGCAAAACACAGUGAUCCUACCUUUUCGAUUUGUUGUAGAGAUGGUUAAGUAUAUUUCAGCCCGAGGAGCAACCUCCUCCUUAUUUAGCUUCAUUAUUAUCUGGUGGCGAGAAAACAACUCAUUUUUUGAAUAAUAUAAGAACAUACAACUCCAUGUUCCAUUUCA